AUGUGUUUGGACAUAACUGAUAUCGGUUAUGAAGAUGGAAAAAUGAAUGCGAGGGAAUUACGUAAAAAACGAUUUCAGUUAAUAAAAGAUACAAAUAGAUCGAGAAGAACGAAUGAGUUUCCUCCCGCCUAUCCAAAUGGAUGGAUACCUUUGUUAGAAUCUAGAGAUCUACCUGUUGGAAAGUGCAUACCUGUUACUGCUUUAGGUCAACAAUUCGUUAUAUUUCGUGGAAAAACCGGAAAAUGUUUUGUUUUGGAUGCUUAUUGCCCUCAUUUGGGCGCUCAUUUAGGAACUGAUGGCAAGGUUCACGAGGAUUGCAUCGAAUGUCCUUUCCACGGAUGGCGAUUUGCUGGACAGGAUGGUUAUUGUGUGAAAAUACCUUACGCAGAAAAAAAAGUUGCUAAAAUAAAAAGUUGGGAAACCAUCGAAGAAAAUGGAUUUAUUUACGUGUGGCAUCAUGCAGAAGGCCAACCACCUCUGUGGAAACCACCAGUUAUACCAGAAAUAAAGAAUCGACUAAUGAUCUAUAAAGGUCGUAGUGAACACAUUUUGAAUUGUCAUAUUCAGGUGCUUUUGAUGAACUCUGCAUUUUCAACCUGGUUUUACCAGUUUUUUGAAGUCGUAUAUAACAUGAUACCGGAAGGACAAGUUCGAGUGAGAUUGAUACGACAAUAUUACACUUCUUCUCGAUUUACAGGCAUUCGUGAUUAUGUUAUCUGUUUUUUUGAAAGUUAUAUGCUUGAGCGAGACAUUCAAAUCUGGAAUUACAAAAUGUAUUUGAAGAAUCCAGUUUACGUAUCAAAAGAGAAAGCAAUUGCCAAAUACAGAAAAUGGUACUCUCAGUUUUACAGUGAAAACAGCCCCAGGGUUGAAGAAAAUAAUCUUAGUUGGUGAUUAGAAGUAAUUUUAUACUUUAAAGAGCGAAA